CUUUCAAAAAUGUGCCUCUUGUUUUGAAAAAGAAGUGCCUGAUACAAACAACUCCAUGGACACCUUGUUCCCGAACUUGUGGCAUUGGCAUCUCUGACAGGGUGACCAAUGGAAACAGUAAGUGUGAAAUGAGGAAAGAAAAGAGACUGUGUUAUAUUCAACCCUGCCAAGCAAAUUUUCCAAAGACUCUGAAGAUUCCAAAAGGAAAAACAUGUCGGCCAACAUUUCAACUUGCUAAAGCUGAGAAACUAGUCUUCUCUGGAUGUACAAGUAGACAAAUAUACAAACCUAUGUUUUGUGGAAUCUGCCUGGAUAAGAGAUGCUGCAUACCCAAUAAGUCUGUAAUGAUUACGGUACAGUUUGACUGCUCUAAGGAAGCAUCCAUCAAGUGGAAGAUGAUGUGGAUUACGUCUUGUGUUUGUCAGAAGAUAUGUAAUGAUCCAGGAGAUUUGUUUUCUGAACUCAGGCUUUUAUAAGAAAUGUAUGGGAAGGAAAUACCUCCUCCUUUUUUUGCCACAAAAAAGGUGGCUACAUCCAUACUGAAUGCCAUUCACUACCCAAUAUAUAAAAAUAUUAACCAAAAGGAUGAUUUUUAAAUGGUUUUGAAUGUAUUUAAACUGUAGGAAUAAAAAGAAGUACCAAUAGAAGCGAAUAUGGACUCCACAUAAAAAGAAGUGAAUAAAAAACCCCCCCACACAUUUGCAGCAUUACAACUACACUGAGCAAGAAGCAAACAACAGCUAUUGGACUGAUUUCAACACAGCUCUUGAACAUAACAAAACAGCUUUACUUCA